AUGAGGACAGAACAGCAACUGGGCAAGGAUGAAUUUGAAAAAUAUUCUAGGAAGAAGGUAACAUGGAUUCAACUUCUGAACCUGAACAUAUCGCUGAAUACAACAUCUGCACAGCCCCUUAUUGCUGAUGGCAAGUCUAUCAUUAACAAAGCCAUUCGAAAGACAGAUCUGAAGGUUAAGUUGAUCAAAGUCCAAAAAAUAUGCUAUGUCUUUGAUGAAGAGGAACAACAGUUUCGCAGAGCAGGGGUUCUUGAGGACAACCUUACCUGUUAUGAAAUUCAUACAAAAUUUGCUUCUGGGUUAACAAGUGGAGAGCAGAGCAUCAGACGGUCUAUUUGUGGCCCCAAUGCUAUUGAAGUUGAUAUUGAGCCUAUCUGGAAAUUACUGUUCAAAGAGGUUUUAAACCCUUUCUAUGCCUUUGAGAUGUGUAGUUUGGCUCUUUGGUUAGCUGUAGGCUUCAUUGCAUAUUCCAUUGCUGUUAUUAUAAUGAGUCUUGCAUCCAUCAUUUUUACAGUACAUGAUCUCAGAAAGGAAUCUGUAAAGCUUCACAACCUGGUGGAAUCUAACAACAGUAUAAAGGUGACGAUACGGCAAAAAAAUGGAGAGUGUAAAGAAGUGGAAUCCCGAUGCUUGGUACCAGGCGAUGUCAUUGUACUUACUGGGAAGAAGUUUUUCCUUCCAUGUGAUGCUAUACUCAUAAGUGGAGGAUGCAUUGUGAAUGAAAGCAUGCUGACAGGGGAAAGUAUUCCUGUCUCUAAGACACCCCUUCCUCACAAUGAUCAUACAAUGCCAUGGAAGGUUCACAGUGGAGAAGACUUCAAAAGACAUGUACUUUUUUGUGGAACAGAAGUGAUUCAGACCAAAUCCUCUGGCCAGGGGCAAGUGAAGGCUGUCGUCCUUAGAACUGGAUUUAAUACAGCCAAAGGUGAUUUGGUUAGAUCUAUAUUGUAUCCAAAACCUAUGAAUUUUAAACUAUACAGAGAUGCCUUCAGGUUUCUUUUGGUCCUAGCAAGUGUUGCUGUAAUUGGAACAAUUUACACAGUGGCUGUCUUUGUUCUACAAGGGGAGUCUCCCACUGAAGUGUUAAUAAAAGCCCUGAUCAUUAUCACUACGGCUGUUCCUCCAGCAUUGUCAGCCGCCUUAUCUACAGGUAUUAUGUAUGCACAGCGGAGGCUCAAAACGAAGGGAAUUUUUUGCAUCAGUCCUCAAAGAAUAAAUGUGUGCGGCAGGUUGAACAUUGUAUGCUUUGAUAAGACUGGAACUUUGACGGAAGAUGGAUUGGAUUUAUGGGGAGUUCUUCCUUCCAAUGGAAAUAGUUUUCAGCAGGUACAUAGCUUCACAUCUGAUAAUACUUUGCCCUGGGGACCACUUCUUGGAGCAUUGACAAGUUGCCACUCAUUGGUUGCUAUUGAUGGAACAAUCCAAGGAGAUCCAUUGGAUUUGAAGAUGUUUGAAGCUACACACUGGGAAGUGGCACAGUCAACAGCAGAAAAUAACGAAGUGUCUUCAUCCUACCUCAUUGUUAAGCCAGGGAAAGAAAAAACUAUGGGUCCUCCAGAUGGACUAGCUAUUGUCCACCAGUUUCCAUUUUCUUCAAGCCUUCAGAGAAUGUCUGUAGUUACUCAAGAAGUGGGUCAGGAUACACGUUUUGUAUUUAUGAAAGGAGCUCCUGAGAUGGUGAUAAGGUUUUGCAAGGAAGAAAGUGUACCAAAAGGCUUUUCCCAAGAGCUUCAGUAUUACACAAUGAAAGGCUUUCGUGUUAUUGGCCUAGCCUACAAAACUUUGGAUAACAAGAUGGCAGCAGAUGGUAACUUUAUCAGGGAGGAUGUCGAAUCAGAUUUAGAAUUUCUUGGAUUGCUCAUAUUAGAGAACCGACUGAAACCAGAAACAAAACCUGUUUUGCAAGAGUUGAGCGCCGCCAACAUCAGGACAGUCAUGAUCACAGGGGACAACUUACAAACAGCUAUCACAGUGUCACGGACAUCUGGCUUAAUUCCAAUGGACAGCAAUGUCAUUCUUGUAGAAGCCGAGGAGCCAACUGGACAGAGUUCAGCAAAGAUUUCCUGGCAUACAGUAGAAGGAAUUGAUCAAAGUUCAGAAGAUGUACCAGUGUCAGUCAAUAUCGAUAUUGAUGGAACAAUUCUAGAAGAAGCCCAGGGAAACUAUCACUUUGCCAUGAGUGGAAAGACCUAUCAAGUCAUUCUGCAUCAUUUCCAGAGUUUACUACCAAAGCUUCUGGUAAAUGGAGCCAUCUUUGCUAGAAUGUCUCCGGGACAAAAAUCCAGUCUGAUCGAAGAAUUUCAAAAACUAGAUUACUAUGUCUGCAUGUGUGGCGAUGGAGCCAAUGAUUGUGGAGCAUUAAAAGUGGCCCAUGCUGGUAUAUCUCUUUCUGAACAAGAAGCGUCUGUUGCCUCUCCAUUCACGUCACAUACUCCUAACAUACAAUGCAUCCCACAGUUGAUCAAGGAAGGAAGAGCAGCCUUGGUAACAUCUUUCUGUGUAUUCAAAUACAUGACACUUUAUGCCAUGAUCCAGUUUGUUUGUCUACUGCUACUAUACUGGCAAAUAAACAUCCUUUCCAACUAUCAACUCCUUGUUCAAGAUGUGGCUGUGACUAUAGUUGUCUGCUUAACAAUGAGUUUAAACCAUGCAUACCCCAAACUAGCUCCAUACCGACCUCCAGCUCAGCUCAUAUCACCACCUCUCUUGCUGUCAGUUGUAUUGCACUCACUUUUCUCUAUAGCAAUACAAGUAUAUGGAUUCAUUGUUGUCCAACAGCACCCUUGGUACACAGAAAACCCUUACACCGCUUGCAUUUAUGGAAACAUCAGUCUUAUGAAUAUCAGCGAACUUGGUCUCAAUACGACUGAAAAUACACAAUCAAGCUUUUGGCUGAACAUGAGCCAUAAAAGCUAUGAGACGACAACCUUGUGGCUCCUGACAACUUUUCAUUGCAUAAUAGUGGCUUUUGUUUUCUCAAAAGGCAAGCCAUUUCGACAGCCAAUCUAUACCAAUUAUGCAUUUUCUGCUGUAUUGGCGGUCCAGGUGGGAGUCUGUAUUUUCCUGUUAUUUGCUGACAUACAGAGUAUAUACAUUGUAUUGGAGAUUGUGUGCACACCAACGUCUUGGAGAGUCACCAUUUUUAUUACCCUUGUUAUCACAGUUGUUGUCUCAGUCUUAGCAGAAGAUUUAAUCGUGGAGAACAGAAAGCUUUGGUUACUUAUAAAGAGAUUUUUCAACUAUAAAUCAAACAGUCAAUACCGAAAAAUUAUCAGAGCAGUUGAGGUGGAUCAAACCUGGCCACCUAUUAACAAAACGUACUGUACAAAACCUGUCAUCAGACAUACGAAUAAGAAAAGUGAAGUCUAUAGCAACCCAGCCUAUGAACACUAUGAAACGAUCAAGUAAUUACAUGAACCAUGGAAUGUACCAUCAAGUUACAAAUGGCUCACCUACCAUGCCCAGUCUGAGGGCACUGGCGCAUAACUAGUUAGGCUAAAUUCAUAAUUUAGCUUUAUAGAUCAUCAUAAAGAUAUUAUAGAUAUCAAGACUUUAAAACAUCUACUGUUACAUGAUCUAUUAUUUUAAGAUUUCCCAAUAGACAUUUCCCAAUAGACAACUCUUGACUAAAGUAUGUAUAACUAUAUGUUGACAUAAAAUAUACAGCUACGUAUCAUGACAGAAAAAAACUGUCUUUUAUGUGAUCUACGACAUGAAA